UGGCGGGGCAGAUUAGAUUAUGCGCAUCGGCCCGUCACGUCACUCAAUCCCAUUGCGAUCAUCAGUAUUUCGGUUCUUUCAUUUUUCCCUCCUUUCCCGAUAAAUAAGCUUAUUGGUACUUUUUCUCUUCUCGCGAUCGACCUACUCUGUUUCAUAUCACUGUAUCAUCGUCGAAAUCAUGCCGGAUCAAAUAAACGUCCUCUUUGUGUGUCUCGGCAAUAUUUGCCGCUCACCCAUGGCUGAGGGUAUCUUCCAGAGCCUUGCCAAGCAGCCGAAUCUCAAGGAUAAGAUUGGGCGCAUCGACUCUUGCGGUACAGCUGCCUAUCACAGCGGAGAACCCCCGGAUGACCGAACCAUGGCUACUCUUGAGGCCAAUGGUAUAAAUGAUUAUGACCAUCUCGCGCGGCGCUUCCACCCGAGCGAUUUCAACACCUUUGACUACAUUUUCGCCAUGGACAGGUCGAACCUCUCCGAUCUCCACAGACUACAGAAGAACGCCCCAGACUCCAAAGCCAAGGUUAUGCUCUUCGGCGAAUUCAGCGGAACAAAGCGACCCGAGAUCGUCAACGAUCCUUACUACGGCGGAGACGACGGCUUCGCAAAGGCGUAUGAGCAGUGCACACGGUUCUCCAAGAACUUCUUGAAGGAGACUUUCGGAGAAGAGUAAAUGGACGGCACGGAUGGAGUUGGGGGGUGGUGAUGGAUUUAAUACCCGAUACCUGUACAUACAGAUGAUCAAUGAAGGGAAACGAGGUGGGUUACAUAUUAGAGGGACUACGGAUAGGUAGAUUAGAAUAUUUAUUGACACUUCAACAAAGUUGAUGAUUAUUGGCUGAAUGAAUC